GGGGGUGUUCCUAUACCUAAUCCACCUUUGUCGCGCUAUAUUCAAACUUUUGUCACCCUACUGUAUAUCCUGUUAAGGAAAGUCUCAUUAAUGGCGCUGACCCCAGCCCACAAGCUCCAUUUAUUGUAGAUAUUGGUACAGAUAGGGGUUAUAACAUGGUUAAAUUCGAGAGUUACUAUCCUGACCAACUGGGACAGCUGAUCCUUCAAGACCUGCCCGUUGUGAUUGAUCAAGUUAAGGAUAUAGAUCUAGAUAUGAUCUGUACGAGCUAUGACUUCCAUACUGAACAACCCAUUAAAGGUAAGACCACUUAUUCAAGUGCCAUCAAACUUCAGACAUUAACUUGCGUGUCAAGGUGCUCUGCGCCUACUUGAUACAAUCAUGUCUCCACAACUAGGAUGAUGAUACGUGCGCCAGCAUCCUAGUACGGGUUGAAGCCGCCAUGAAACCUGGAUAUAGCAAGAUUUUGAUCAGUGGAAAUGUUAUUCCCAAAACAAAAGCUCACUGGGAUGCUACGGGGCUCGAUAUGGUAAUCAUAGCCCCUUGUUCCAGUGCAGAACUGACUGCUGUAGCCUGGUGUGACUUGAUUGAGACCUGGGCUGGUCUGAAAAUAUGCAAGGUCUGGGGCGCCGGGGAAGAUUCGGAGAGUUUGAUCGAAUGUGAGCGAGCUUAGUCGGUGUAACUCAACACCUGUAUGCUGUCACGUUGUUAUUGAGAACAGGGCGCACAUCGUUUCUGAUUCGACCAUUGGAUACGGUCGAAGUAUCUUAUCAAAGUGAUAGUGUAUAUCCGAAGAGAUAUUUAGCAUAGAAUUGUGACCUUCUAGCUUCCUGGAAGCUCUUGGACAUAGAUCUCCAAACUGUCAGCUGUUUAGC